GCUGUUUUUUCGGGGGACUAUUAUAUUUCUUCGGCUUAUAUAAUACUUGAUAGUUUAAAAUAAAAACCAGUCAGUAAAUUAUAUAUUUAUUGUGAUAAGGUAUACUUAAUGUUACGUCAUAUUCUUCUGAUACACUCUCUGUGUUAUGUUGUAUUUGUUUGAAAAUGAGCUUAGUUUCAUAAACACAUUUUACUUUGUAUGCUUGAACUUGAUAUAAAGAUGAAGUGGGCGAUAUUAAUAUUGUCGUUAUGCUUCUUGAACAUCUACGCUGAUGGUAAAUGGAGGAAGGAUUACCAUGAUCGUAGGUCGCACAAUGACGCGGCGAACGAAAUCAAAACCACGAGCACAUCCCACAAACAGAGAGCUGACCCACCAGACCACACGAAGUUGGUAGCGAUGGCGCGGUAUGUCCUUCAUAACGCUGAUUGGGCUUCAUUAGCGACCAUAUCAGUACUUCCGGCCAUUGAAGGUUUUCCGUUCUCGAACGUAAAAUCGGUGGUGGAUGGAUCCCUGGCAAAUUCCACUGGAGUUCCGUACUUCUACAUGUCUCCUUUGGACUUCAGUGCCCGUGAUUUAUCGAAAAACAACCGCGCUACUGUCUUAGUAUCGCUUGAAGAGACGCGAUACUGCGAGCAGCAGAAAUACGACCCAGAAGACCCGCGUUGCACCAGGCUUAUGUUAUCAGGAAAGAUGAAAAAGCUCAAGGAGAAUACCCCAGAGUUCACAUUUGCGAAGGCGGCGUUGUUCGAGAGACAUCCUGCGAUGGCUCAUUGGCCGACAGACCACGACUGGUUCAUCGGCAAAUUGAAAAUCGUCCAAAUUGCAAUGGUGGACUGGUUCGGAGGAGCUAAAUACGUGCCGGUCCGAGACUAUCUCGCUUACAACUACACCGGCACUGAGAUGCUGGACUACCACAACCAACUCCAAAAGCAUACAAUUAUUUAAAAUAGUUGUAUACUCGUGAAAUAAAAUUAAUAUAGUAUAA